CUGAAGGUACGUACCACCACUCAAACGAGAUGUGUAUAAAAGCCAUUGGAGAGUUGGAGAAGGCGCCACAGUCACAAAUUACCUUUAGUUGUAACACCAGACGGAGAUACACUAAGUGAUUCAACAUGAACCCCAUGAUCGUCUUGAGCACCGUGUUUGCCGCCUCGGCUUAUGCUGCACCCACUUACAACCAAGCCGGUUUAGUGGCUCACCCCGCUGCCGUGCCCGUUUCCGUGCCCGCCCCUUACAAGACCUCCGAGGUCCGAGGUGCCCCCGUGACCACCAUCCACCAAGGUGCUCCCGUCGUGUCCAAGCAGGUUCACCUCGGCGAAUCCACCUACGUCAGCGGGUACUCUGCUGAGAUCAUCAAGCCUCCCACCCCCGUGCUCCCCAUUGCCGUGCCCACUGCCUUGAAGGGAACCACCCAAGUGAACGCUCCCUUGGUCAAGUCCAUCACCGAGACUCAUGUGGUCAACGAGCCCGCACCUUAUGAGACCCGCGUCGAGGUCCCUUAUGAUGCUCCCGUCAUCCGUGAGCAAAUCAAGGAGGUGCCCGUCCCCUACCAUGUGGCCAAGCCCUAUGCCGUCCAUGUGCCCACCCCCGUUCGCGGUGAGCCCAUCGUGAAUGUGCAGCAAACUGCCCCCGUGGUUCAACGCCACCACACCAACCUCGUGGCUCAGCCCGCUGUGGCCUACGCCGGUCACGCUUACCAGGGUGCCUACGCUCAAGGCUAUGCUGGUGCCGGUCUCGUCAACUUGAACCAAGGUGCCUACGCUCUGGCUUAUGGUGGUGAGCCCAUCGCCGCCAAAACGCACUAAAUGGACCUCCCUACCACCCCGGCUUGUUUCUAAAAAAAGUGCUUACAACUAAAGAGAAUUGUUGACUGUGUCGCAGAAGGAGCCUCUCGGUCUCAAGACAGCCAUGUUUUGAGACUCUGAUGGCCUUCUCUUGUGGUUCGAGUUGACAUUACUUUCAAUUUUCAAAUCUCAAACAGGAGAAGGUUUCUUGACAAUACCAUCCUUAAAUAAGAUCCUUCAGCCGUCCUUUAACAAAACAAACAAACAAAAUGUGCAAUUGUUUCUUAGCGAGCAAUGCCGUAAAGUCACGCAAAAACAGUACAUACACACACACUGCUAUCAAUCCAUCCUAACUUUCGUUCGAAACGAAGGGCAUUACUUUCUGAAUGAUUUUAGAGGAAAAGUAAAUGAAAAAUUCAAACUUUUUGUUUUAAGUUAAGGACCUUAUUGCAAUUGAUGUCAACUAGAAUACACAAGAUAAUUUUUGAUACCUCCA